GUGUUUUAAUUUGCUUGCGUUUCUUACCAAUUAAGUUCACAUUUUCAUGACACCCCAGAUAAGUUUAUUGCCUUCAUUUCAUUUCUUUGAUAUUUUCUUAUAAGAAAGUUUCAAUCUUUUCUUUUCUUGCUGUUGGCAUUUACAAGAAAACUUUGUUUUGCAUAAGUAUCAUCGUUUAUUUUCUGUGUGUUUAGUAAUAUAUAUUGUUUUGUUUUGUUUUAGUACCAUAUUGAAUGCAUUAAAAGUUCUGAGAGAAAAAAAAGUUGGAAUUUUUAGUUCUAAUUUCAAUUCCAAGCUAGAAUCUUGGUUUUUUUUUUCACACAGUGGAGGUGUUGUGUGUGAAAUUUGGCUGGGUGAAAAGUUGGUAUUUUUGGUUUGUUAAUGUUGGGUUUGGUGUGUUGAAAAGGCAGAGAAUUUGUAGAAAAAGUUUGUAAAUUUCCAAGUUUUUCACACAUUGGAGGUGUUUGUGUGAGAAUUUGAUUAGCUUUAUAAUUUUGUUAAGAACUGGUAUAUUUAUGUUCGGUUCGAGUAGGAUUGAUAAGUUUACUUGAAGUGCGAAAAAGCCUAGGAUUUUCGAAGAAAGUUUGUAGUUCUUGAUAAUUAGGCAUUUGGGCUAGUUUGUUUACGAAUGUACGUUAAGAGCAACAAAAUCUAGUUUUUUUUUAUUGAUUUUACAAUGGGGAAGAAAUCAGGGAAAAGAAAGGUACAUGGAGGAUCAAAACCGGUGUAUGAUGACGACACUGAGGUUUUCAUUUCCAUGGCACGAGAACAUAAAGAUGAAGGUAAUAAGUGUUAUCAAAGGAAAGACUAUGAAGGCGCCAUAUUAAAAUACGAAAAAGCUCUGAAUUUGCUUCCUAAGAACCAUAUAAACGUAUCGUAUCUUCAUAGUAGCAUUGCAGCAUGUUAUAUGCAAAUGGGUAUUAGUGAUUUUCCAAAGGCUAUUCAUGAAUGCAAUUUGGCUCUUGAAGUCACACCAAAAUAUAGCAAAGCGCUCUUGAAACGAGCUCGUUGUUACGAGGCUUUAAAUAGGGUUGACUUGGCUUCAAAAGAUGUUAGUUUCGUUUUAGACAUGGAGCCAAAGAAUCUCAUGGCAUUGGAGAUUGCUGAAAGAGUGAAAUCACUUAUGGGGGACACGUUAUCUGAAGAGGAGUCGCAGCCAAACAAUUUCACUGUAACAGAAGAUGAGAGUAAUUUGAGAAAAGAAGAGGUUAAGACUGUUCAGAUUUCAGAUUACACUGAGGACACACAUCAGAAAUCUUUGAAAGAAAAGAUACCAAAAAAGAAAAGCAGAAAACAUGAAAGAAAUGGCGAAAAGAAAGAUGUGGGUGACAAGAAAAAGGGGAAAUCGAAGAAAAUGAACAAGGAAAAAUUCGAGAAUGAUGAGCAUCAAAAGAUUGACCUUGAAGACAAGGAGACCGAGGAUAAGUUGGUUGUUGAGGAGAAAAUAAGCGUUUAUAGCAAAGAAAUGGAGCCUAAAAUGAAUAUCAAAUUAGUAUACGGAGAUGAUAUAAGAUUAGCAAAGAUCCCUUAUAGUUGUGAUGUUUUAGAGCUAAGAGAAAUAAUAUUUGACCGCUUUCCUGUUUCACGGGCUGUUUUAAUGAAAUACCAAGACCAAGAAGGCGAUAUGGUGACCGUUACCACAAAUGAAGAGUUAAGAUGGGCAGAGUCAGCUUCUGGUCAAACAGGUUUGCUGAAACUAUAUAUUGUGGAAGUAAACCCUGAACAAGAUCCGUUUUUUGAUCAUGUUAGAAGGAAAGAACAGAAACGAAAGCUUCUCAAUACUUCAUCUUGCAUUGAUGACUGGAUUCUAGAAUUUUCACAACUUUUCAAGAAUUAUGUUGGGUUUAACUCUGAUGAAUAUUUGGAUCUUCACGAGGUUGGAAUGAAGUUAUACACCGAGGCUAUGGAAGAUACAGUAACAAGCGAAAAGUCUCAAGAACUUUUUAACACUGCAGCCAACAAGUUCCAAGAAAUGGCAGCUUUGGCUUUGUUUAACUGUGGAAAUGUUCACAUGUCACGGGCCAGAAAACGAGCUUCUUUUACGGAAGAUAGCUCACAAGAAUCUUUAGCUUCACACAUUAAAGAUUUGCAUGAAUGGGCACAAGCUGAGUACUUAAAAGCUGGUGUUAUGUAUAAAGAGGCAAUAAAAGUCAAACCCGAUUUUUAUGAAGGCUUUCUUGCAUUAGGACAUCAAGAAUUCGAACAAGCAAAACUUACUUGGUAUUAUGCAAUUGGAACAAAUGUUGAUCUUGAAAAGUGGGAUUACGCUGAGGUUAUUCAACUUUACAACAAAGCCGAAGAUGAUAUGGAAAAGGGAAUGAGAAUGUGGGAGGAAGCAAUGGAAAUGCAGAAACCAAAUGACAAAAAAACUGAAGGAACAGAACAGGCUGAAAAUCUGAGGUCGUUGAUUAAUGUUUUGUGGGGGACAAUGCUGUAUGAAAGGUCAAGUAUGGAGUACAAACUCAGGCUUCCUUUUUGGCAUGAAUGCUUGGAAAUCGCUGUUGAGAAAUUUGUAGUUGCUGGUGUUUCACAUACAGAUAUAGCUGUAAUUUUAAAGAAUCAUUGUUCAAAUGAUGCUGCACCAGAAGGCUUAGGCUUCGAUAUUGACGAAAUAGUACAAGCAUGGCAUGAAAUGUACGAAGUGAAGAGAUGGCAAAGUGGCAUUCCUUCUUUCAGAUUAGAACCAUUGCUUCGGAGACGAGUUUCUAAACUCUUUUAUGCAUUAGACCAUACAAAAUGAGUGCCUGUUCCAGAUCAUAUUCUUGCAAGGAAAAGAAAAACUAGGAAAAUGGUACUUCUUGUUCGUAUUCCACCGCUUGGUAGUCAUAUGCCAGGUUUAUAAAUUUCAGCUUCAAACUCAUUAUUAGACAUGUUGAAGCUGAGAGGCGAUAUGCUGAAUUUGUGUUAUAGAUGAGUUGUAAUUAUCAGAAAAACAAAAAGAUAGUUGAUGAUAUGAUGUGUAGUUAACAAGAUGGUUUAUAAGGAGUCAGAAAUACAUAUUUUGAGCGUAUCUGUUUUAGGGACAUGAUAUUAGCGUAUUCGUUUUAGGGACAUGAAAUUAGUGUGUUGUUGGCUUAUAAUUCUAUUCAUUUGGUGUGUACUCUUAAUUAUGUAACGAAUGUUGAUUUUUAUAAAAGUGAUUAUCGAUUGAACGCAAA